GCGCACUCGAAAACCUUCUGUCGUAGAAAGAUGUGAUAUCACGAUCAUGUUGCUUUGUGUUUGAUUUAAUCCUUGAAAUCGUACCAAACUAUUAUUUAAUGUUCGUCUAUAUGCCCCAUUAUCGUGAAAUAUUAUCCUUAAAGAUCGAGGGGGCCGUGCCCGCGAGUGCUUUCGUGUUGUACAAUGAUGAGAAUGGAAACUGACAAGAUGAUGGAGGAUUCUAACAGUAAUUCACAGUUCGCGAUGACGAUGGUGUAUUCGCCGACGCCGUCGCCGCCCCCUGCUCCUCCGGUCGCUGGCACGAAUCCUCCGCCUCCGUCUUCGGCUCCUCUCGGAUCGAACCCGAACGCCUUCGCCCAGUUGUACCAACACCAGACCACCAACAUCUACGACACCAAUCAGAUGAUGCAGUCGCCGAUAGGUGGACACAUGACACAACAGAUAACAUCAUCAUCAAAUUUCCCUCAAGAAAGAGACGGCUGUGUGGCUUUGUUCUCGAGAUGGACAGAAAGCGAACAGGUUGAAUUUGUCGAAAGGCUCCUAUCAAGGAUGUGUCACCAUCAGCAUGGACAUAUAGAUGCCUAUUUGAAACCAAUGCUGCAGAGGGAUUUCAUCACAUUAUUACCAAAAAAAGGCCUAGACCACAUUGCAGAAUCCAUCCUGUCCUAUCUGGAUGCAGACAGUUUGUUAUCAGCAGAGUUGGUUUGUAAAGAAUGGAGGAGGGUCAUAGCCGAAGGGAUGCUCUGGAAAAAACUUAUAGAGAAAAAAGUUAGGCAUGAUUCCACAUGGAGAGGGUUGGCCGAGAGGAGAGGAUGGAUUCAGUAUUUGUUCAAACCGAGACCAGGCACUUUGCAUCCGAGCCAUGCUUUUUAUACAGCACUUUAUCCUAAAAUCAUGCAGGACAUUGAUAGCAUUGAAUCCAAUUGGCGAAUGGGUCGACAUAAUCUUCAAAGAAUCAACUGUCGAUCAGAGAACUCCAAAGGAGUCUACUGUUUGCAGUACGAUGAUACUAAAAUCGUAUCAGGCCUAAGGGAUAACACAAUUAAAAUCUGGGAUAGAAGUACACUACAAUGUAAUCAGGUUCUGACCGGUCACACUGGUUCAGUAUUGUGUCUGCAAUACGAUGAACGAGUGAUAAUAUCGGGGUCCAGUGACUCCACAGUCCGUGUUUGGGACGUAGCCACGGGGGCUAUGGUCAACACACUCAUACAUCACUGUGAGGCUGUCUUGCAUUUGAGAUUUAGUAACGGGAUGAUGGUCACAUGUUCAAAGGAUCGUUCAAUAGCCGUAUGGGACAUGACGACAUCUACAGAAAUUAGUCUGCGCAGAGUCCUUGUUGGACAUCGUGCAGCCGUCAAUGUUGUUGAUUUUGAUGAAAGAUAUAUUGUUUCAGCCAGUGGGGAUAGAACUAUUAAGGUAUGGAAUACAUCUAGUUGUGAGUUUGUUCGAACACUGAAUGGACACAAAAGAGGCAUAGCUUGUUUACAAUAUCGAGAUCGAAUAGUUGUUAGUGGAUCCAGUGAUAAUACAAUAAGGUUAUGGGACAUAGAAUGUGGAGCCUGCUUGCGAGUUCUGGAGGGUCACGAGGAGCUAGUAAGAUGCAUAAGAUUCGAUUCAAAACGCAUCGUCUCAGGUGCCUAUGAUGGCAAAAUCAAAGUAUGGGACUUGAUGGCUGCCAUGGACCCUCGAGCUCCAACAUCUUCCUUGUGUUUGAGGACAUUGGUGGAGCACACGGGACGAGUGUUCAGACUGCAGUUCGACGAAUUCCAAAUAGUGAGCUCCUCCCACGACGACACCAUCCUGAUCUGGGACUUCCUGAACUACGCCCCGCCCGACGGCACCCCCAAACAGGGCACCUCCAAUUCGUCCGCCAAUAACACUCCGAACAUUGCCGAAGUGAACCGGAGCCCCUCGAGGGACCUGGCCGAAGAUAAUGAUUACUUGUGAAAUUUAUAAGACUGUGACAAAAAAAAGUGUCGAGUGGAGUGGAGUGGAGUUACAAGUACAAGAGAUUAAUUUUUAUUGUCGGGACUACUUUUGUGAGUACUUAAUAAUAAUUAUAAAUGUAAAUAAGUGAUAGUUUUUGAACGACUAGUAGGAGAUAUUUAUAAAAGAAGUGAUAAGUACUUAAUUGUAUAUAUUUAAAUUAAAGGACCGAGAACUGUGUUCUGCUUAUUGUGUAUAUAUCGCGUUAGAGGGAGCGCCGAAUCAACUCGAAAUCAAGAUGUGAAAUUUGAAUGAAAAUGAAAUGUAAAAAAUAUAUAUAUUGAUUAAUGUCGACGUAGAAUAUUCUAAUUUUUAGAC